AUGACGGUGCAUACUGUUGGUUUACGAAACGGGGGCGGCAGCGGGCGCCGCUUCUCGCAGCGUGCCUCCUCGCUUUUAUCGCCGUCCUCGCCGCCGCCGCCCCCACCGCCGCCGGAGAUCUCGGAGCAGCAGAAGCAGCUGCUCACGGACGCCUGGAAGACUCUCGAGGACGACAUCGCCAGCGUGGGCGUCAUCACGUUCAUCAGCUUGUUUGAGACACAUCCAGAUGUGCAACAGGUCUUCAUGCCUUUCAACGGAAUCGCCAUAGAGGAUCUGAAGCACAGCAAGCAACUAAGGGCUCACGCGCUAAGGGUGAUGGCGUUCGUGCAGAAGGCUGUGGCGCGACUGUACGAACCUGAAGAGAAGCUGCUGACACUGCUGCAGGACCUGGGCCGUAAGCACGUCUCCUAUGGCGCCAAACAGGAGUACGUGGAUUUAAUUGGGCCGCAGUUCAUCCAGGCGAUUAAACCGUCGCUGGAAGCUCAGUGGAGUGACGAACUCCAGGGGGCCUGGGAGCGCCUGUUCGAGUACAUCGCGUUCCACAUGAAGGCGGCCAUGGAACGCGAGAAGGCGGAGAAGCGGCGCUGACCUCCGCUGCUGGGCCGCGCGGGAUCCACGCCCUGAUCUCUCCGGCGCGGCGCUACCCGCUCUCACCCCGUUGCUGAGGACGCAGAGCCAACAGCGAGUCGAAACGUCGAGUGGUGAUUUCUGUGCACCGUGGCACCCCACACGGAGUUUAGUUGUGAGAAAUCAUCUGUGAACCAUGUGACUGUAAAGUGCAAUCUCUCUUAUAUUUCGACUCUUCAGAAGGUGGAGCCAAGCACAAGAAUGCGUGGCUGACCACUGUGGUACUAAAAAAAAAAAUAUCUUUGUACAUUUUCAAAACAAGACGUGUCCUCCACUUCAAACAAGGUUUUCUACAGACGUUUUUCCUUUUCAUGAAGCAUGGUGAGAACAGUCUGACAACCGCAAGUACCUCGCAGAAUGCUGAGGCAAUGAAUUGAUUAACGUAUGGCCUCCAGCACUUUUAUGAAGUAGCGCGCACGUCGCUAGCUCUUUCCAACUUUGUCUCCUGGUUGAGGAAAAACCGAGUCUGGCAGAGUGUGAGCAUUAUCAACUUCGAGUGCUAACGGCUUAGAAGCUACGCUGCCGUUAAUAAGAUCUCAAUAGCCUCGGCUCUGAAAAUUUUAGUAAUUUGAAUUGCGUAAGCGGUUUGAUGUUGCUGGCAUUUAGAAAUUUUAAUUUUGUGCUGAUCCUGCCGGGGCUUGUGCACACUAUAGACAUAGAUUCAACGUGUGCUGUAGUUCAUCCGCCUUUCUGGUACCAUGAGUUUACUUGAACAGUAAUUGUGACAGCU